AUGAAGUUUAUUGUUGUUCCUCAAACAGGGUUGGCAAGAGCCCAUUUCAAGGAAUUAGAUCACCAAAUUGAGUUGAACAAGCAAGUAUACAUUGAUGGUCCUUACGGAGGAACAUUUAGAGAUGUUACAAAGUUUGAUAAAAUAGUGUUGGUUGCAUCAGGUAGUGGUGUUACAGCAACCAUUCCAUUUUUGCUGUAUGUUGCACAAUUGCACCAACAGAAGUCACCCUUGGCUGACAAUUUAAAGUGUGUCAAUUUCAUUUGGGUGGUUAGACACCAGAAGGAUAUUAAAUGGAUUGAGGAUGAGUUGACCAAGUGCCAAGAAGUAUUGGGUAACAAGCUACAAUUGGAUAUCAGAGUAUGCAACUAUCUUGUUGAAAUGAAGAAAUUGGACGACAAGAUUGAUACUGAAAAAAGUAUUGAAUCGGAUGAAGCAGCUGGGGUCAAGUUGCCCAUAACUUAUGGCAAACCUGAUGUACGUGCCAUUUUGAACUCAUUAACUACAAGUUUUGCUAAGCGGAAUAUUAUUGUUUGCUCAGGAAGCAAUUCAAUGCAGACUCAAGUGUCGCAAACAGCAUCAGAAUUCCAGUCGUUGGUGUUUAACAAUGAUUUGAGAAAUACAAAUGUCGAGGAGAUAUACUUGCAUACUGAAUGCUUUGGUUGGUAG